UCUCCGCAGCCCUUCUGGCCCCUCGGCACCGGCGUGGCCAGGGGCUUCCUGGCCGCCUUCGACGCAGCGUGGAUGGUGCGGCGGUGGGCGGCCGGGACCCCCCCUCUGGAGGUGCUGGCCGAGAGGGAAAGCAUCUACCAGCACCUUUCGCAAACCUCCCCGGACAACACCAACAAGAACAUCAGCCAGUACAGCAUCGACCCGGCCACGCGUUACCCCAACAUCAACCUGCACGCCAUCAAAGCCAACCAGGUCCGGGACCUCUACCUCGUGGGCAUGGUGGAGGUGGACCACAAGAAGAGGAGAGACAACCGGCUCAGCACCGCUGUCUCCGGAGACGCCUACGAGGAGCUGCUGCGGUGGUGCCAGGCCAGCACGGCCGGGUACCGCGGCGUGGAGGUGACCGACUUCACCACCUCCUGGACCAGCGGCUUGGCCCUCUGCGCCCUCGUCCACCGCUUCCGCCCCGACCUGGUGGAUUUCCACGCCGUGGAUCCCCAAGAUCCCGUCGGGAUCCACCAGAUGAUGCUGGACACGGCGGAGCAGGAGCUGGGCAUCCAACCCGUCCUCUCCAGCACCGAAAUGGCCUCGAUGGCGGAGCCCGACCGCCUGGGGCUCAUCACCUACCUCAGCCAGUUCUAUGAAGCCUUCAAGCCUUCACCAGCGUCGGCGGAGGUCAGCAAGAAGCCGCAGUCCCCCCGCGGCACGAGGGGCGCCAUCCUCUUCCUCAGCAAGCUGCAGAAGAGCCGCACCCUGACCCACAAGCGUGCCCAGGAGAGCGCCCAGAGGGACCCCGAGGCCAAAAAGAGCCACAGGGACGCCGAGGUGGACGCGGCGCUGGACGGAAACGCUCUGGAUGGUGACCACAGCCUGCCACCAGCCGCCACCACGGACCCCGCGCAGCCGCCGUCCCGCGGGGAGAGCAGCGACGCCUGCUACUUCUGCGGCCGGCGCGUCUACAUCCUGGAGCGGGCCAGCGCCGAGGGACGCUUCUUCCACCGCGGCUGCUUCCAGUGCUGGCAGUGCGGGGCCACGCUGCGCCUGGGCGACUACGCCUUCCACGAGGAGGACGGUCGUUUUUACUGCUUGCUUCACUACCCCAACGCCCCCGGUAUGGAUGUGCCCCCCGGUGAGCCCCCGGUGCUGCCCGAUGGGGAUGUCAAUGCCAACCGCACGUUUUCGGAUGCUGGGAGCCCCUGUGCGUCCCCUGAGGGCGAGGAGGUGCUCGGGUCCCCGCAGUCCCCGCCGGCAACCCCGGAGCUAGGGGAAGAACCCGGGGCAGAGGAGGAUGCUGCGGGCACCGGCGAGGUGGAGGAGCAGGAGCUGCCACCCUCGGGGCCGGACGACGUCCCGGAGGAGGACGACGUCCCGGAGGAGGACGAGGGUCCCGGCGCAGAGCCCCGACGGGAGGCGGAGGAGGCUGAGGAGGGAGGAGGCAGGAGGAAGAUCGUCCUCUCGCCCCUGGAGAAGCUCAGCCUGUCCACGCUGAGCCUCACCGGAGAUGCAGAGGCCGAGGUGCCCCCAAAGCCAGCCCGGCUGCGGCUGCAAGCGGCGCCCGAGGCCGUGCCUGCCCUGUGGCCGGGGCUGGGUGCCUGGGAGGAGGAGGAGGAGGAGGAGGACCACGAGGUGGACAUGGAGGAAGAUUCAGAAGAGAGUGACAGCGAGGAAGAGGAGGAGGAGGAGGCAGAGGAGAAGGAAGGCCUGGACCUGGGCACCAUGGGGGAGUCUUGCCCGAUCCUCGGGGACGUGAAGUACGCCACCUGCAAGCGCACGCUGCCCCGCCGGGUGCGGGAGGCACAGAUGAAGCGGUUCUGCAAAGCCCAGGCCAUCCAGAGGCGGCUGGAGGAGAUCGAGGUGACCUUCCGCGAGCUGGAGCAGCAGGGCAUCAAGCUGGAGAAGUUCCUCCGGGAUGAGGGAGGCAGCCCGGCCGACCAGAAGACGCAGUGGAUGAACCAGCUGCUGUACCUGGUGCAGAAGAAGAACAGCCUCAUGUCCGAGGAGUCGGACCUCAUGAUUGCGGUGCAGGAACUGAAGCUGGAGGAGCAGCAGUGGCAGCUCGACCAGCAGCUGCGCUGGUACAUGGAAAAGGAGGAAGCCCUGAAGACAGCCGAAGACUGCGUGGCCGAGAAGGAGAUCCUGGCACAGCUGCUGGACGUGGUGAACAAGCGCAACGCCCUCAUCCAAAUGCAGGAGGAGAAGCGGCUCAGCGAGCUGCACGCCUGACGGACCCCCCCGGUUCCUCCUGGAGGGGGGGGGACGCGAGCAGAUCCCCCCCUGGCCGACCACCACCCUGAGCUGCCUCGCGGGCAGCUGCUGCCGUGGCAAAGCCAGGUCCCCGCUUGCCGAAAGCUGCUGCGGAGGGGCCAG